AUGCAUAUCAUGGAGAAGUUAAAAGGUAAGAAAGGGCACUUUGUGAUCAAAGUUGAUAUGUCCAAAGUCUAUGACAAGCUGAGUUGGGAGUUUAUUUGGCGUGUGCUUCAAGUUAAUUUUCUUAAGAAUUUGAUCAACUUAAUACUGCGUGCAGUUUCCAGUGUUGAAACAAAUGUUAAUUGGAAAGGUGCUCGUAGCAGUUACUUUCGUCCUCAAUGUGGUAUUCGGCAAGGGGACCCCAUAUCUCUUUGUUCUUUUCAUGGAAACUUUUCACACCGUAUUGAGCAUAAAGUGAGAAACAAGAACUGGAAUACUAUGAAGCUGGGGGAAAAAGGUAGUAGAAUCUCACAUUUGAUGUUUGUAGUCAACUUAUUGCUUUUUGGACAAGCUACGGAGAAGCAAAUGGAAUGUUUAACGAGGACUCUUAACAAAUUCUACAACACGCCAGGGCAUGAUAUUAGUCAAGAGAAAAUGACAUUGAUUUUUUCCAAGAACGUGGCAAGAAGUAUGCAGAACAAAUUGGCACAUAUGUCUGUGUUCAGGAUAGCUAAUAAGUUGGGGAAGUAUCUUGGAAUCCCUCUAAGGGGUAAAAACUUGAAAAAAAUCGAUUUCCAAUAUCUGGUGGACCAAAGGGAUGCUAAACUUACUAGUUGGAAGAUAAGCAGUUUAUCAUUCACAGGAAGAAUUACUCUAGCUAAGAGUGUUAUUGAAGCCAUACCUUUGUAUUCUAUGAUGAUUGAAAAAAUUUCUAAAGCAAUUAUUCAGGAGAUAACUUGCCUACAACGUAACUUUAUUUGGGGUUAUACUAUUGCUCAUCGUAAGCUACGUGCUAUUGGAUGA